UAUAAAACAUGCCUCUGCCUUCAGAUAUAUCUCACUCAACAUUUGAAGCUCCUCCUCAUACCAAAUUCACAACACUUCAAAUGCAAGAUUCUGCUUCAAAAAUGGAGAACAAAAGGAAGACUUUGCUGUUGCUGCUGCUGCUCGUGGCUGAAUCAUUCUUCUGCAUGCCAAAUGUGACUGAUGCUGCUUCUGAUGUGAACUUUGAAGGCCAUCUCACCCAUUCUGAGCUGGUGAAACGACCCACCAGAAAGUUUUUGUCAUUUGUGGAUUGUGGAGAGAGGUGCAGAGUGAGAUGCAGUUUGCAGUCAAGGCCAAAGAUCUGUGCAAGAGCUUGCGGGACAUGCUGUUCAAGGUGCAACUGUGUUCCUCCGGGCACUUAUGGGAACAGAGAGGUGUGUGGAAAGUGUUACACAGACAUGAUCACUCAUGGAAACAAACCUAAGUGUCCCUAGAACACACUCUUCUUCAUCUCUCUCCACACACUUGGAUCCAUCCAAUUUCAUUUUCUCUCUCUACUUUUCACUGCAUAAUGCCUUAUGUAUUUCGUUUAUUUAAUCAUCACUUUUUGUAUCCCUCUGCUGUGCCUUAAUUAUCUCAAUGAAUGUAUAAGUUGUGGAGUAGAUUUGUAACUA